AUGCCUCACACCAGAGAUGGCUCUUCCCCAACCAGCAGUGCAGGUAGCCCAGAUUCCUAUGAAACACCAGCGCUAGCAGACCUCCAGCGGCUGAUUUGGUUCAGAGGAGGGUUGGAUAAUCACGUGGACCAAGUCUGGCCAAACAUUUACCUGGGAGAUGCGUGGGCUGCUAGGUGCAAAACUACUCUUCAAAGCCUCAACAUUACUCACAUCCUUAAUGCAGCAGAUGGGCCAUACAGUAUCAACACGGGAGCCAGAUAUUACAAAGAUCUGCAAAUAGAGUACUUCGGAGUAGAAGCAUUUGAUGAUCCUUCCUUUGAUUUAAGUAUCUUCUUCUAUGACGCUGCCAAUUUCAUUGGCAAAGCCUUAAACACUUCAGGAGGUAAAGUGUUCGUGCAUUGUGCCAUAGGGGUAAGCCGCUCUGCAUCCUUAGUGCUUGCCUUUUUGAUGAUCCAUGAAAACAUGACACUUGUGGAUGCUCUGAGAACAGUGGGUUCUCACAGAAACAUCUGCCCAAACACAGGGUUCCUCAGCCAGCUCCGAGACUUGGACAUUAAAUUAAAUGAAGAGAGGAAAGGAAACAGAGAAUCUGCUGGCAAAGAGUUGUAAGAAA